AGGUUCAUCUCCUCUUAGUGGACUCACCUGCUCCGGUCCUGUUCUAUCUCUCCUGCCUCUUGCCGUCCUAGGCUCCUGAAAAACGCAACCAUGUCCGUCAGAAUGUCAAGCAGCUACAGCAGCAGCAGCAGCAUGGGCGGCGGCGGCGGCGGCGGCUUCGGCGGCGGCAGCAUGAGGAAGAGCUUCUCCAGCCAGUCCGCCAUGGGCGGUGGAUUCGGCGGUGGCAGCCGCAUCUCCAUGAGCCGCUCCAUGGGCGGAGGCCUGGGCAUGGGCAUGGGAGGCGGCAGCAUGAGGAUGAGCAUGGGCGGCGGCGGCGGCGGCUUCGGAGCCGGCGGCAUGGCGCUCGGCGGAGGCGGUGGCGGAUUCGGCAUGGGCGGUGGCGGCCUGGCCCUCGGCGGCGGCGGAGGCGGAUUCGGCAUGGGCAUGGGUGGUGGUGGCGGUGGCUUCAUCGCACCCCAGAUCACAGCCGUGACCGUCAACCAGAGCCUGCUCGCCCCCCUGAACCUGGAGAUCGACCCCACCAUCCAGACCGUCCGCACCCAGGAGAAGGAGCAGAUCAAGUCCCUCAACAACCGCUUCGCUUCCUUCAUCGACAAGGUACGCUUCCUUGAGCAGCAGAACAAGAUGCUGGAGACCAAAUGGUCUCUGCUCCAGGACCAGACCACCGUUCGCUCCAACAUCGACUCCAUGUUCGAGGCCUACAUCGCCAACCUCCGCAGACAGCUCGACAGCCUGGGCAACGAGAAGAUCAAGCUGGAGGGAGAGCUGAAGAACAUGCAGGGUCUGGUGGAGGACUUCAAACUGAAGUACGAGGAUGAGAUCAACAAGCGUGCCUCCGUUGAGAAUGAGUUUGUUCUGCUCAAGAAGGAUGUUGACGCCGCCUACAUGACCAAGGUUGAGCUGGAAGCUAAGGUUGAUGCCCUUCAAGACGAGAUCAACUUCCUCAGGGCCAUCUACGAGGAGGAGCUGCGCGAACUGCAGUCCCAGAUCAAGGACACCUCUGCCAUUGUGGAGAUGGACAACAGCCGAACCCUGGACAUGGACUCCAUCGUGGCCGAAGUGCGCGCUCAGUACGAGGACAUCGCCAACCGCAGCAGAGCCGAGGCUGAGACGUGGUACAAACAGAAGUUCGAGGAGAUGCAGACCUCUGCCGGCAGAUACGGAGACGACCUUCGCACGACCAAGGCUGAGAUCGCUGAGCUCAACCGCAUGAUCAGCCGUCUCCAGAACGAAAUCGAGGCAGUCAAGGGACAACGCGCCAGCCUGGAGGCUCAGAUCGCCGAGGCUGAGGAGCGCGGAGAGCUGGCAGUGAAGGACGCCAAGCUGCGCAUCAGGGACCUGGAGGAGGCCCUCCAGAGAGCCAAGCAGGACAUGGCCCGCCAGGUGCGCGAGUACCAGGAGCUCAUGAACGUCAAACUCGCCCUCGACAUUGAGAUCGCCACCUACAGGAAACUGCUGGAAGGAGAGGAGACCAGAAUCUCCGCUGGAGGUGCCACUGCAACAGUCCACAUCCAGGAGUCCUCCUCAGGAGGCGGUCUGGCGCUCGGCGGUGGUGGCGGCGGCGGCGGUGGCUUCGGCUACGGCGGCGGCUCGGGCAUGUCCAUCGGCAUGGGCGGUGGAAUGGGAAUGGGCGGUGGCUCCAGCUACGGCAUGAGCGUCGGAGGAGGCAUGGGCGGUGGCUCAAGCUUCAGCAUGGGCGGUGGCGGCAGCAGCAUGUCCAUGUCCCGCUCCUCAUCCUCCUCCAUGCGUCGCUACUAAACAAGGCACUCCAGCCUCCUCUCCUCUACUCCUCCUCCUCCCUUGCCUCUCUGCUCUCCCUCCUUCCCUUCCUCUUCCUGUCCUCGCGGCCUCUCGUCACUCACUCACUCACUGAGCAUCAUGUUGCGACAAGUUUUCUCCAUAGAGAAGGAACCUCACACUUUAUGUCUGGAGAAUAGUGGCUAAUGUUAUGCUCUGUGUGUCAGUGGUCCUUACUUGUAACUCGUUCCUUACUUAGUCUCCAUCUUACCUGCUCCAAAUCCUGCAAUAAUACCUGUUUUUCAUGACCAAACCUGAGAGAUAGCUCAAAACCGGCAGUGUGGAAGUCAAGUCCCCCCAAAAUCAUUCAGUCCCGUUGUCAUCUGUGAAAAGAAAAAUCAGACAGCCCACAGUCUUUUUUGUCACUGUUUGGAAAUGCCUUCAACGAGCGCCGUGACACACGUGACUCAUUUCGAAAGAAAAAAGCUGAAAAGAACUAAAAAAUAUAUUCCAGAAGUUGUUGCAGCUUUUUGCAAGUCACAAGGCCUCCCGUCUGAAGCAUUUCCAAAUACAGGGCCCAGGGAGCCUCAAAAGCAACUUGAGCAAAGUGAUAUCCUGGCCCUCCUUGAAUGGAGCGAUUGUGCGAUAGCCCUACAGAAUGGAUGUUCAUCAUUUGCUCUUGCUCUCUCGUCUACCUUUUCCCCUGGGAUUGUGGGCCUUACAGAGGGCUUUGUAGGCGACCCACUGUAAUCAGUCCCUUAUUUCAUGUUUCAACCUGCAACGCGGCUGAUUGUCUUAACCAGAUUUAGGAUGUGUGAGAAGCCAUGUAACCACGUGAAAAUGCUGAAUAAAUCUGGGUUCUUUAUAAA